AUGGCCUCCCCCGGUUCCACCGGUACCACCCGGCGCCGCCGCAGGCCCCCCCGCCGCCCCCCGCCGAGCAGCAGCAGCUCCGGGGCGGGCGUCGCGGCCGAGGUGCCCGCAAGAAGCAGCAGCAACAGCAGCCGGCUGCCCACAGCGGGGCGCCACGCCAGCCGCAGCAGCAGCUCCCGCCGGCGCCCUGGCAGGCCGGCCAGAACCCCUCGACGGGGGUCGUUCACGCGUACUCUAUGCCUAUACCGCGCGCCCCCCGUCCCCGGCUUCUUUGGCGCCCGCCCGGCAUCUCAUCAGGCUCUGUACGCGGCUCCUCAGUCGUAUCCGCCAGCGCCGCUCUACGGCCCCUCUGCGGCCUAUGGGCUGCCUUCGGCCGGUGGGUUCGCGGCGCCGCCGCCACAGCCGCUGCCGUCGGCCCCGGCCCUCCCGCCGGCGCCUUGGGACCCCGCGCUGCUAGCGGUCCACACCGUCCCCAUGCCACAGCAGUACACUGGCGGUGGCGACUGGUAUAUGGACACCGAAGCCACGGCUCACAUGGCCGCCAACCCCGGAUGCCCGUACCCGGAUGGUGCUCCACCGAUGUGA